CAGAAUUUAAAAAUAAUUCGGACAGAGAUACACUGAGCGAGGUAAGUUUUUCUAAUUAUCUUUUUAAAAAUGUUCUAUGACCAUUGAGACAUGCAUUUCCACAUAGCUUUCCGCCAUAUUGGCCUUCUAAUAACGUGGUGGUGCUUAUCUUUUAUUAUACCUAGUUUAAUCCCUACUUUUUUCAUAAAAAUUACAAAAAGGAUAAUAAAUGGGCAACAUUAAUUUUAUUACUGAGAUACAUUAUACUACUUAAUUACUUCUAGGCCUCUGAAAGUGGAACCAGUAAUUCCGUGACGUCAGCAGAAGAACUUCAAAAACUUGCUUUGAUCCUUGGUUUAAACAGUGCUGAAGAUGUUUAUCAAGAAAGAUUUCGCGUUGACAGGCGACGAUUGGAAGCUAUGCUUGCGGAAAAUCUGGAAGAAUCACAAACUGCCCAGGCUUUCUUCCAUCGGGUAAUGAACGAAACGAAUACUUUAAUAAAUUGGCCCGCACGUCUCAAAAUAGGAGCACGCUCUAAAAAAGAUCCUCAUGUGAGAGUCGCUGGUCGGCCUGAUGAUGUUAAGCUGGCACGGGAGAAAAUAAUGCAGUUACUGGACACAAGGAGUAACCGUGUUACGAUGAAGAUCGAUGUCAGCUAUACGGAUCAUUCGCAUAUUAUCGGAAAGGGCGGUCUUACGAUCAAAUGCGUGAUGGAGGAGACUGGAUGUCACAUACACUUUCCGGACUCGAACCGCACCAGCACCGUGGAGAAGAGCAACCAGGUUUCUAUUGCGGGCGAUAUGGAACGCGUGGAACGCGCCAGAGCACGCGUAAGGGCGCUCACGCCGCUGGUGUUUUGCUUCGAGCUGCCGAUCGUGGCGCCAUCGCAGCGAUUACCAGACAUCAAUUCACCGUACGUGCAACAAAUUCAGGAGCAGUACAACGUCCAGGUGAUGCUUCGCAACCGGCCGAAACUGCACGCCAACUUGCUGGUCGUCAAAGGCGUGCAGUGGGAGGUGAAGGCUACUAUGGAGGCCACCAGUCUGCUCAUGAAUUAUAUGUGCGGUCCACUAGCAAGUCAAACGCAAGUGCAAAUGUCCCUGGAGAUAUCGCCGAUGCACCACUCGGUGGUGAUGGGGCGCGGCGCGGAGCAGCUCAAGGUGAUCAUGAAGGGCACCGGCACGCAGAUCAUGUUCCCCGAUGCCGACGACCCAAACAUCCCUGCGCUCAAGAAGAGCUGCGUCACCAUCACUGGCCAGAUUAAGGAUGUGUACGCCGCUAGGCAGCAACUAGUCGGAAGCUUACCGCUGGUGGUGAUCUUCGACGUGGCCGAGGACUCGUGCCGCAUAGAGGCGGAGGCUGCCACCAAGCUGAUGCAGAAGCACAACGUCUACAUCAACAUACGACGCAAGCCUAAACAGGGGAUCGCAUCCAUCGUCAUCAAGGGCAUAGAGAGAUGCGCCGGCGACAUAUACGAGGCUCGUCGCGCACUGCUCGGAGGCAAGGAGCCAGUGAUAACGGCAGAAGUCCCUGAAUCCUACAACAUCCCCGCCAUCAGUACUGCAGUAGGCAGCUUCGGGGCCUUCAACCCCUUCUCCCCCCAACACUCCCUCGCCUCCCCUUGCUCCCCAUAUGUGGACGGAUUCGUCGCCAGUCCUCUAUUACCCCAGUCCUUCCCGAGUCCCCUUUCUCCCGCGUUAACUCCCCCCGCUUUUCCCUCGUGGCUUCUUCCUUCGCCCCCGCCGAGACAUACGCAAUUCCCUUACCCGAUGCCGAGUCAGAUGUAUAAGAACCAACAGCCGGCUUGGAACCCGAUGGGGAACAAUGUAGAGAUGAAUAUGCAGCAGCCCAUGAUGAUGCCUCAAUACCAGCAGAUGCCGGAAAGCAGACCUACAAGUGUGAGCCAACUGCUGAACUCCAGCUCGCAGGCCAGCAGCGGAUACCAGAGCAACUUCACCGGCAGUUCAGUCUCAUUGGACACGCAGAAUAUAUCAGGUGGUGACAAUAGCAACGUGGUGUCGCCAUCGGUUUCGCCCAUCAGCAAGGCGCACUCCCCACAAUCAGCCCGAGACCAAGAAAUAAACGAGCUGGCUAACAUAAUAUCGGAUUUGCCGCUCUCCGAACGUAGAGCGGUGGGCUGCGAGAAGAAAACACUCGAGACUCUGAACAAACUGUCCCCGCUGUCAGACUACCGCAAGCUAAAGGCCGACGCCAAUAAGGCUAUGAAAGAAGCGGUAGGCAGCGGGUACAGAGUGCCCACGCCUCGUUGGGCCGGACACUAUUUCAGCCACACCUCGCCCGCGCCCAUAGCGAUGCCGUCCCCAGCCCGUACUAGUACUACGCCAGAGAAAGGCUGGAGCCGCGUAGAACUAACGCGGCCCAACAUAGUGGAGGCAUCGCCUUCGCCCCCGGCGCCGUCCGCUCGCCCGUGCCGGUACCAACAACUGUAUGAGCUUCUACGAGACAUAGGGCUGCAAAAGUACAUAGAAUUAUUCAAGAAGCACGAAUUGGACAUGACUACGUUCGCAUCUUUAAACGAAGCGGACCUUACGGAGAUCGGAGUGAGUGCUUUCGGCGCCCGCAGGAAGAUGUUGCUUAUAAUAGCCGAGCUACAGAAGCAAUCGUCCGGGCCAAAGGGAACAGGCGGCAGUCCACGAAAAUUCCCCUCCUCCCCGCCAUACAAUACGCCCACAAUCACCGAUAAAUGGUAAAAAUAAAACAGGGACAACGGGAACAGGGUACAGACGGGUCCAUUCACCUCACCAACCUUUAACACUGGACGGAACACUAUCGGUUAUAUUCUUUAACAAAAAUAAUUAUAUAAGACAAAGAAAUCACUCAAUAAGAUAUUUCACACAUACAGACCCACAAACUUUGUCAACUUUCACUUUUUUAAGUGCUAUGUAUUCCGGGGAAAAAUUAUGUUGACCAAUUUUCGAAGUCAUGAAAAAAUAUCUAUCUAUAAUCAUUAGGUACAUCAUAUACCUACCUGCUGCCGGAUGUUUGUUGACAACAAUUUCUAUAUUGAUUUGCGUAGAAAAUCGUUUGGCAUAAUAAAAUUAUAUCGGACGAAUGUACGUGUUUCACGUAAAAGCGUAUUAUGUGAUCAGUUGACGUAUUUCUUUACUACUAUGUACUUCUAUUAUAAUUGGAAAGAUCAUUUUUUUUAAUCGAUUCAUUAUUCUGUUGGACUAUAUGGAAUUAAAAUGCUACCUGCGGACAAGCGAAACCUUCUACGUGGCUAAAUACGUGUGCCUUGAUUCGAUGAGGAAAAUGAGAAAUUGAUACACCUGCCAAAAUUGAUACCUGCGGGGACAAGCAAAUCCUUGUAAGGGGCUAAACAAUUGUGCCUCGAUUCGAUGAGGAAAAUAAGAAAUUGAUACGAAAACUGCCAAAAUACGUCGAUGUUUGUUUUCCCUGUUUUCGACGCGGCGACAUUGUGUUCCGUCCGGAUCCAAGACUGAUAAAUAAUAUGAUAGGAGCGAUAGAUGCGUUCCCUAAACUGAGAGUUGAGACUGUUUAUAAUAUUUUAUGUGUCACAGUCGCAUUUUUUCUCUUCACGCGUUUCCAAUUAUCUAAUCAAUUAUCACAAUUUAAAUAACUUCCAAUGAAAGUUGCGGCUGUGACGUUUAUAACUCAGAUAUAUCGUUGAAUUUUUGAGAAUUUUAUAUUUAAGUAAGUUGUUUUUAUUAGAUUUUAAGAUAGCUUAAAGCGAUACGACGAUUUGAUCUCCAUCAUAGACAAUUGUUGAAGUAAACGAGCCGGCGACCCCGGCCUUAAAACUAGUUCUUAAGCAUUACUUUUUUGUUUUAUGGAAUUUUAAUCAUAGCGUUUAGGAAGAGCAUGUUUUAUUUUUUGAUUUUUUUUAACACAGCAUUUUAUUAAGAUCUUUACCAUAUAUUUUCAGACUAUGUAUUUUUUGAUUAUCAUGAUAUUGGGCGUACCGUUUUUUAACUUUUGAUUAUUAUGGAAAAUUGGAGUCAGUGCUUAUUUUACAAUUAAAAUUACCUCGUCUAAUUCAAACUUUCCUUUUGAUAACAUAUUUUAAGUAAUAUGAUUGUAAAGGGAGUCACCAUGGGCGAUUGACGAUAUUCCAAUAAAAAAAAAUCACUUCAUCAAAUAGUGCACUAGGACAGCAAAAAAAAAAACAAUGUAAUUUGACUUGAUUUUAAAUAGGACACAUUUCAUACAAUUCCAUGCAUCCGGGGCAACGGCUGGAAUAUUUUAAUCAGUUAACAUUGAAUAUAUAUCAGUAAUCAUUAUGUUUUGUUGUGAUUAUGAAUUGGAGUUUUUUUUACUACGUGUGCAUUUUGAUUUUAACCUUAUUAACAUGCUAAUUUAUUUUGAAUGCGUUUUAAUGUCUACGAUUUGUAUAUUUUAUGUUUUGUAUUGUAAAGUUUUGGUACAUAACGUAUGUGUCGGUCGAUUCAUAAUAAUGAAAUGUAAUAAGUGAUGUACUUUUAGGAACCACGUAGUUAUGUAUCAAUCCUUUUAUUUUAGUUCUUUUUUAUGAUCAGAAAUAUGUUAUUGUUUUUUAAUCAUGAACUUUUGAUUUUGAUAAAUCUUUUUAAGGUGUGAUUGUGAGAUGUUAGACCUUGGUCUUUCACUGAUUAUGAAAUACUAAGAAAAUAAAUUGCUGAAGAACGUUAUUGGCAAUCAUAUUCGAGAUGAGAUUAGAAUUGUAAUUAAUGCAUUAGGUUUUUCUAUAUUUACAGUUAAGUACGGAAGUUUUGCACGAUUGUUUUAAGUUUUGCUUGUCCGAUUAAACUUUAUAUAAAAAUAUAUAUUUUUUAUUUUGCUAAAACCGCCUACCCCUGUUAUAUGGUCCUGCAGAGUACACAAUAUUUUUGUCAAUAUUUCGUGGUAGUCUGGCGCAGUCGUACAGCUUCAUCUGAUUCAGUAACUCGCUUUAUAUAAUAGAGAAAGAAAAUAGCUGCAGCAUUGAAUGGCAUUAAUAGGGUAUUUUCCAAAUUUUUAAAAAAUGUUUAUAUUUAAAGAUUGGGACAAACGAUUUAACAGAAAAAUAAAAAUAAAUUAAUUACUGUCUCCUUUUCUCCAUUAAACCAAUUAAAGUUGAAUAUAUUUUUAAUGGUUUUAAAUGUACCGCCAAAACGUUCGGUUCAAUGAUGUCUACUGUGUGACGUCAACUUUGUGUAAAGAACUUUAACACCUAUGUAGUCUUAGGAUGAUCUGUGAUUACGGAAUAAUUAUUUGACGAAUUCUUUUCUUUAAAAAUAUUUUGUGUAAGUAUUAUCCCACCAAAAACAUUCUGUAAAAAACUAGCCAAGUCUCGAUGGUGCUGCUUGUUUAUCUCUAAAAAGUAAUGAAAUCUAGACAAAGUCAUGCCAAGUCUAAGGUGCCUUACUGCGAUUUCUUUAUUAUUAUAGUUAAUAUUGUGUGACUUGGCCGUUGAAGGGUACACAAGGGUACGAAACCAAGUGCUACAUGACACCAUUGCACC